AUGAGGAACGCUAAUAUAUCGAGGACAGAGAACAAAAUUUUGUCCACUCUACAUUGGCAUAUCAAGCAAUCUACCCCUAAUAACACAAUGUCCCGCAGCGAGUUAUACCAAGGCUACAAGAAUUACGAGGUGGCGUUUGACAAAAUCAAUACGGAGAUGCUCCACCGUGCGACGGGUAAUCAAGCCCAAGAAUACCCAGAGCAAACCUUUGCGGAUCUAGCCAAAAUGAAGAAACAGGUCGUUGAGGAUAUUAUUAAAUUGCGUCGGGAGGUGCAGGCGACUUACGGCGAUGGAGAUUAUGGCCAUGAGAAGAAUUUGCAGACUUGGGAGGAUAUAUUGAAGGGCUGUUAA